AUGGCUUUGACAUCCGUCAGAAGUAGCCAAACCAGUCAAAUUCUUUUGGCUGAAGAGCCCAAGCACUCGACUUCUCAAGAGCCCGAACGCUGGGCCAAUAGCUCUCUUCGGGGCUCCACGGCUCGGGCGAAGCAUGAAGAAGUCAAGGCCGGAGCUGGUGGGACAAAACCAUCGGGAUGGAGCUUCCGCAUUGGGGAGCUUCUGCACCAAGAGUGUGGCUUUGAGUUGGUGGUCGCUGGCUUUUCCAGUGUGACACCGCGUGUGUCGACGCGCACCACCGGUUUUCAGGGUGGCUUGGCAACUUGGAACGACCGUCAGGCAAUGGACAGUCCAUAA